AUGAGUGCGGGCGACUCUGAACAAGACAUCCACCCAGUGGAGAAUAUCAAUGGAGGCGCCUGUUCACGUCGUGUCAAAAAGCGUUAUAUAUCAUCAGGUUCCCGUCCAACGAUACAGGCUAAACAUAAUCAGAUGUACCUGAUUACGACUUUGUCGUCGUCACAGGAAACAGCCCUCAUCAAUAAACUUCCGAAAGAGUGUUUACUACAUAUUUUUUCCUUUUUGGGAGUGAAAGACCUCUGUCGAUCAGCUCAAGUUUGUCGAUUAUGGAAUCAACUCGCUCUUGAUGGCAGUAAUUGGCAAUGUGUUGAUCUUUUCACUUUUCAAAGAGAUGUAAAAAGCAGUGUGAUUGAGAAUUUAGCGAGACGAUGUGGAGGGUUUUUGAAACAACUAUCAUUAAAAGGCUGCGAGAAUGUUCAAGAUUCAUCGUUACGUGCUUUCACAGCUCGUUGCAAAAACAUUGAGCAUUUAAGUCUUUACAAAUGUCGACGAGUAACAGACGCAACGUGUGAAAAUCUGGGAAAACAUUGCCAUCGAUUGCUCCAUCUAAACUUGGAGAACUGUACGGCUAUAACAGAUAGGGCUUGUAAAUAUAUUAGCGAAGGAUGCCCAAAUUUACGUUACCUCAAUCUUUCGUGGUGUGACAAUAUAACGGACCGAGGAAUCCAUAGCAUAUUAACGGGUUGUAAAAAUAUGAAUACUUUAAUAUUACGAGGAUGCGAAGGGUUAACAGAACGCUGCUUCGAAGAAAUGGAACAACAUAUGGGAAACAUAUUACGCUUAAACAUGUUAUCGUGCUUUGUUACUGAUGAUACGGUGGCUAACAUCGCAAGUGGAUCACCAAAAAUUGAAUAUCUCUGUUUAUCGCAAUGUACUCAAAUUACUGAUCGUUCGCUUAUAUCGUUAGCUAAUAAUUGCAAAUUUCUCAAAGCUGUUGAGUUUACCGGUUGCAACUUGCUGUCGGAUGUGGGCUUUCUGCAGCUUGGACGUCAUUGUAAGCAGCUUCAGAAGAUGGAUCUGGAAGAUUGCACUUUACUAUCGGAUGCUUCCAUCACGUGUAUUAGCACCAAUUGUCCAAAUAUGGCUGACUUGAUUCUAUCGCAUUGCGAGCAAAUCACUGACGAUGCCAUCCAUCAGUUGUGCACGAAUAACAAAGAAAAACUUAGGAUAUUGGAGUUGGACAACUGUCCUUUGAUAUCAGACACUGCACUUUCAUACUUGAGAAAUGCUAAAAACCUCAAGAGAAUCGACUUAUAUGAUUGUCCGAAUGUGUCAAGAGAUGCCAUCAACUUGUUCAAGGCCCAUCGACCAACUGUCCAGAUCCAAGCUUACUUCGCUCCAGCAACUCCACCUGUAAAUCAUCAACAUCCGAGGGCUGAGCUUAGUCCUGUCGUCAACUGA